AUGGUCGGCGCGCCAGCCUCCGCCGCGCUUUUCAUAAAUUAUCGUUUGAAAUCUUCAAUGAUUCAGGUAUUCAGGUACGAUGGAAUUAAAAUUAGGCCCCGUACUGUUGUGAAGAUUUCGAUCAGCGAUCCGCUCAAUCGGUCAGUACCACAGUGUCAGCCGUGGAUCACUUCAAUCACUAAGCAUAUGCUGUCGUGUGGCGAGGCGGGCGCCGGGCCGCGGCUCACCAAGCGCUACGUGGGGCUGUACACGGGGCCCUACUUCGACCCCUCCGCGCCCAACAACAUCACCACGCAGCUCGGGACGCAUGCUUACUUGCCCUGCAAGGUGCGGCAGCUGAGCAACAAGUCGGUGUCGUGGAUCAGACGGCGCGACGCGCACAUCCUCACUGUGGACCGUUUCACGUUCAUUGCCGACGAGCGCUUCCAGGCCUUCCUCGUGGAGGCCACCGACACCUGGACUCUCCAGGUGAAGUACGUGCAGGCGCGGGACGCCGGCGUGUACGAGUGCCAGGUCGGCACCGAGCCCAAGAUGAGCCACUUCGUGCAGCUCAACGUCGUAGUGCCAAAGAUUGAGAUCGUGGGCGAGUCGGAGCUGUACGUGAAGGCGGGCACGACAGUGAGCCUGAAGUGUGUGAUCACGCAGGCGCUGGAGGAGCCCGCCUACAUCUUCUGGUACCACAACGACGAGCGCGUGCUCAACUACGACAAGAGCCUCGUCGAGAUACGCAUGGAGCGCGUCGCGCCUGACACUACGGUGGGCAACCUCAUCAUCUACAGUCCGCGGCGCGAGGACUCCGGGAACUACUCGUGUUCGCCUUCCAACCUCGACUCCGCCUCCGUCAUGCUACACGUGCUCAGCGGUCAGUACUCUAUGCGUUAUGAACGUUUCAUACGAUCUGUACAUUUUACGUGUAGUACAUUGGAACGUACGGGAGUUGCAGGCGAGCAGCCGGCGGCCAUGCAGCACGGGAACGGUGCGCGCGGCGCCGCGCCCCGCCGCGCGCUGCUGGCGGCGGCCGCGCUGCCCGCGCUGCUACCCGCGCUGCCUGGACUGCCCGCGCUACCCGCGCUGCUACCCGCGCUGCCCAGGCUGCCCGGCCUGGCGCCGGCCGCGCCGCACGUCCGCCCGCAGUUGGUGCUGCUCCGCCUGCUGCUGCUGCUAGCGCUGGCGCUGCUUUGCCCGUGA